UGUGGCUCCUGUUUGUGCUCCAGUCACUUCAGAGCGGGCGCAGGAGGGUGAAGCGGUGGGCGAGUGCCCGUUGUGUUUCUGCCCAUUCUCCGCGGAACAGAUGGCGGAGCACGCUGCCUUCUGCAACGGCCCCAGCAACGUGGUGUUACCGGAUCGAGCGAUCUCCUGCCACAGCCUGCAGCAGGAGCAGGAUCCCUCGAGCUGCAGCCAGCAUCCAGAGAAAGAUGCCUCCAGCCAGGUCACCAGUAACAUCAUACAACUGUUUCGCAGCUACGCCAAUGUAACGGAGCCAGUAGUUCCAAGUGCUGCAGCGGGCAGCGUGGUUCCCAGGACUAGCGGGAAAGAAGACGGAAAUUCGCAGAACGUAACUGACGUGGUAGCGCAUUUGAUGAAAGUGGGACGCCAGUUAGACACGGACGUUGAAUUAAAUAGGUUAUUACAGCCCCUCCUGAACAGCAACACGCCCCUACAAGUGCUCCAGGAGCUGAUCAAGGCCAUUUUCGGCAAAGGCAACUUCUCCAGCUAUACGCCAUUCAUCUUUCUCUUCUACCUGUCCAAGCGAUUUUUGCCAGGAAUCUUGGAAAGCGAAUCGUGGGCUACUUUUAUGAAAUGGUUGGAAGUAUUCGUUACUGAAGUGGUGGCUCCAUGGAUCAGCAAGAUGGGCGGCUGGGAAGGGCUACUCUGUGCCCUCGGGAGUCUCCUGGCUGCGGGCCUGGUGGUGGGGCUGAAAAUGCUGCUCACAAAGUCAUAGAUUAGUGAACCUGCCACGGCCACAUCAGUGUCCCUAGACCCAUAUCAGCUUCCAAGAUCCAUAUCAGCUUUCCUGGGCCAUAUCGGCUUCCUAGACCCAUUUCAGCCUCCCAGGGCCAUAUCAGCAUCCUAGGGCCAUAUCAACUUCCAAGAUCCAUAUCAGCAUCCAAGAUCCAUAUCAGCUACCUAGACCCAUAUCAGCUACCUAGACCCAUAUCAGCUACCAAGAUCCAUAUCAGCUACCUAGACCCAUAUCAGCUACCUAGACCCAUAUCAGUUAUCCAGGGCCAUAUCCGCUCCUAGAAGCAUAUCAGCGUCCAAGACCCAUAUCAGCCUCCCAGAUCCAUAUCAGCCUCCUCGACCCGUAUCAGCCUUGCACAAUCGAAUCAGUGUGUCACAGCCAUGUCAGCCUUCCAAAGCAAUAUCAGCAUCUCACAGCCAUAUCAGCCUCCUAGACCCGUCAGUGUCCUAGAUCCAUAUCAGCUUCCCACAGUUACAUCAGUCUUAGACCCGUAUCAACCUCCCACAGUCAUAUCAGCGUCCCUCAGUCAUAACGGUAUCCCACAGCCAUAUCAUCCUUCCACAGUUGUAUCAGCGAUCAAGAGGCAUAUCAUCCUCCCACAGCCUUAUCAGCGUUGGAGAGUGGUAUCAGCCUCCCUCAGUCGGAUCAACGUUCCACAGCCAUGUCAACCUCCCAGAGCAACAUCAGCGUUCCAGAGCAACAUCAGCGUUCCAGAGCAACAUCAGCGUU